AUGCGAAUUACUUCAGCCGACUGGUUGCCUGCUGGACGGCACAACACACUGAAAGCUAUCGUCAUGAAAUUACUGGUGUUUUCCCUGCUACUGUGGCUGUCGGCGAGCUCGGCCGAGCAGGCGCAGGAAGCCGCCGGCAGGAAGGACAAGCGAGCUCUGGACAGCGGCUUGACGGGCCACGGUGCGGGUCUCGAGCACCUCGGCGACCAAGGGCCCUCACUCGGCGGCGGCGCCAUCGCCCUGGGGCACCCCAGCCACGAGGAGCGCGGCGUCGUCGCCACCGUCAUCACCAAGAAGAUCCCCGUCACGGUGCCCAAGCCGUACGUCGUGGAGGUGGAGCGGAAGGUUCCCUACGUGGUGCAGGUGCCCGUCGAGGUGCCCGUGCACGUGCCGUACCAAGUGCCCGUGCCGCGGCCCUACCACGUGCCCGUCAAGCGCCCGGUGCCGGUCGCCGUGGAGAGGCCGCUGCCGUACCCGGUGAAGGUGCCCCUGCGCGUCGAGUCGCCGCAGCCGGUGCACGUGCCGCAGCCACAGCCACUCAUCGUGCACGUGCCCAAGCGGGUUCACGUGCCCGUGCCGAGGCCCAUCCUCGUCACCAAGCGCGUGCCGAUCCACGUGGGUGACCACUAGCGCCGCUUACUGCUGUUCCUGCGAGUGUGUCCGUCCCCUCUUCCCCUAGUAAAACCAACCAUCGCCCACUUCUCUUAAAACUACUUACCUAAGACUUUGAAUAUGAUACUCCCCUACCCGGUGGUCGAGGAGUCAUACCUCUGGAGAUUUAUUUCAUCAAAAUCGUGGUUUUUUGCCAAUCUAACACUUAAAUACUAAACGGUAAAAAAUUGUCAUUUAAGGCCGAUUAUUCUCAAGUGAUAAAAUGAUUUAAGAUUUGGUUUUCAUUUGUUUAAUCUUAAAUCCUCCCCCUCUUAAAAGUUUGAAAUUCCUUCACCAAAUGUUUUUCAGUGGUGUAAAUUGCGCCAUACAUAACGCCCUGUGGACGGCACUGCGCGUUAGAUCAUACAAAUGUGUCCAUCACCAACUUUAAUCCCAUCGCUCUAUGUACUUGUUUUUUUUUUGGAGCAAUAAAUUUUAUUGAUGCUGUA